AUGUCUGAUGAAGCGCGUGAGGAGGCUUUGCAACAGAAGUUAGUGCAUGACGAGAAAGCCAAGAAGACACAAGAGACCCGACAAAAGCAGGAGGAUGCACGAGUCGAGGUGCGUGCUCGUCGUCAGCAGAACGGCCGUACAGGUAUGAAAUUCGUGAGUGCCUUGAGCUGCCAGAAGCUCCCUGUUCUUCGUGACAUUGCCUGGAGCUUGGAGCUACCAGAGGAUGGUAAGAAAGACCAGCUUAUUGCCCGCAUUAAGGCCUACUUUGACAGGGACGAGAACUCGGUGCUUCGUAACAACAAUCAGUUUGCCGAAAUAUUCGCAACACAUGGUUCGAAGCGGCGUGCAGCUGUCCUUACUCAGGAAAACACACGGAAUGACAAUGACAAUGCAGAGCCGGGUCCUAGUCAACGACAGUUUGCGGAGCCUCUUACCAAUGCACUCUCAACUCCUGCACCGUGGCAGUACAAUCCACUACCAUAUGCAGGCUCAGCACAGUGGCCGGCACCAUAUGGCACACCAUACGGUAUGCCGUAUAUACCUCAGUCCUCUUUUACAGUGUGCGAGCAGCCUGUGUCAACAACAGCUCAUGAAGAGUCACACACUCCUGUACCAGCUCUUACAUACCCUCAGUAUUCCUUCUCUCAUGUACCAUAUGGACCUCCAUAUACUCAGAGCUAG